AUGGAAAAUCAAACCAUAAUCUUUGAAUUAUUUCUUUCUGGGAUUUCGGAUCUUCCCGGUCUCCGUCUCCCCCUCUUCCUGCUUUUUCUCCACAUUUACUGUAUGACUCUGCUGGGAAACCUCCUCAUCAUGCUCCUUGUUGCCAUUGACUCGCACCUCCACACCGCCAUGUACUUCUUUCUAGGAAAUCUGGCUUUUCUAGACUUGUGUUCUUCUUCUCUCACCACUCCCAGAAUGCUCUUUGACCUCAAUACAGAUAACCGAAUAAUCUCUGUCCCGGCAUGUCUCACCCAAGUUUUUUUCUUCAUCUUUCUGGCCACCACUGAAAUCCUCUUAUUGGCCGUCAUGUCUUACGAUCGAUACAUCGCCAUUUGUCGACCUCUACACUACAUUCAGAUCAUGCACUGGAAGACUUGUGCCCAGUUGGCCGCUAGUGUCUGGACUCUUGGAAUGAUUUACUCUUUGGUACAUACACUCAUUACCCUGAGGCUGAGUUUCUGUGACUCAAAUAUUGUCCAAAGUUUCUUUUGUGACUUGUCCAAGCUCUUCCAGAUAUCUUGCACAGAUGUGUCUGUCAACAUCUUGUCCAUCUUUCUCCUUGGCGGCCUGCUUGGGUUUUGUUCUUUACUGAUGACCUUCACCCCCUACAUCUUAGUAUUCUCAACGGUGCUUAAGAUUAAAGAGAAGGACAAGAGGUUCAAGGCUUUCUCCACCUGUUCCUCUCACCUAGCCGUGGUCUUCAUCUUUUAUGGAACCCUUAUUUUCAACUACUUUAGACCCAGCACAACUUAUCAGUACGCAGCAGACAGACUGGUAUCAAUAUGUUACACCACAAUCACUCCUCUGCUAAAUCCUCUUAUAUACACCCUGAGGAAUCAUGAACUGAAAGCUGCAAUGCAAAGAAUUUAUAAAAUCUAUAACUUUUCUAACGUAUAA